AUGAACUACUCUCCUGCCUCCCAGCCCUCCCAGUCACCUCCUUUCCACAACGCUGGACCCCCAGCAAAUUCGAGAUCUCAUGUAACGGCUUGGCCACGCGAGAACGAAAAGAUUGACCACGGCCACAAUACGCCGUCAACAAAAUACAACGAUGAUACUCGAUACUUGGAAUCGAUGCAAUCGCCCUUUGAUGCGCAAGCGCAGGCACAGGAAGGUGCCCUAUAUAGAGAUGGCAAGCUCAUUCUUCAACCAGCUCCAACACAAGAUCCGCGGGAUCCCCUCAAUCUACCACUAUCACGAAAACUGCUAGCUUGCUUUUGUCUAUCCUGCUUUGGUGCGCUGGCCGCUGCCGCUGAGUUGAUCUUGGGCGCCAUGUUACCGGUCUUCGCCCUGGAGUACGCAGGCAUCGAUCCGAAGCUCCUCAAGUCGCUAACCGCAUCUGGUGGUCUUCCUGCCAACACUGAUCCGCUGAAAUACCUCUCCAUGUUACCGAAUGCCCCACCGAUUAUCGAGAUCUACCUUCUGGCUUCGCUUCCCGUCCUGGUCAUCGGCUUAUCCAAUCUUCUUCUGGUUCCAAUGGCUAUUUCCGUCGGUCGUCGUCCAGUCGUUCUGACUACUGGCGUUAUUGCUAUUAUGGGAUGUAUCUGGGCAGGGAAUAGCCGCUCGUUACCAUCACACUUGUUGGCUCGUUGCGUUCAGGCUGUUGGUGCCGGUACUGUUGAGAGUCUGAUUCCAUUUGUUCUACAAGACAUGAUCUUUGUCCACCAACGAAAUUCAUGGAUCUCUGGCGUGUUUGCGGCUCAAGGUGUUAUUAUUAUAGUACUUGGCGUUGCUACACCACAAAUCAUCAUCGAUUUGAGUUGGCGUUACAUGUAUUUUAUUACUGCUGCUGGUGCUGCCUUUUUUCUCAUUGGCGUCUUUUUCUUCAUGCCAGAGACCAGGUGGGAGAGAACCCGCGCUGAGAUGAAUGGCGUACCUCGCAAUGAGUCUGGCUAUAAGCACGCCCCGAGGACUUUCCGAUAUAACAUUGCAUUUUUUCAUGGCGAGGUGCAAUGGCGAAAAGGUUGGAAUGCUUUUAUUGACACGCUGCGAACAUUCUUUUAUCCACAUAUAUUCUUCAUCACUAUGCUUAAUAGCGUGAUGAUUGCUUGUGCAUUUGCGGCUGGAUAUACAGUUGCACCAGCACUCCUAACGGCGCCAUGGUCAUGGAAUUUCCUCUUACUUGGCCUCAGCCUUGUCCCCGUUCUUGUCGCAGCCAUUGCUGUUGCCUUGGUCACCGGAAAGGCUGCCGACUGGGUGGCUAACCGCAUAGCCAAGAAACGUGGAGUUCGCCUCCCAGAAAAUCAACUUGUCAACAUCAUCUUCCCUACUCUCUGUGGCAUCAUAGGCUCUGUCAUCUUUGGUCUGGCGGGUUCCAACCAGAAGGACUAUUCCUACUUUACGUUCCUUACUGGAUUUGGAAUGAUGGCUUUUGGCUUUCUAGGUGCUAAUACUAUCGGCGCCGUUUAUGUUCUGGAAUGUUACCCUCAUCUUGCAGGUCCAGCGUUGGUUAAUGUUGCGUCAUUCAGAUGCUUGUUAGCGUUCAUAUUGUCCUUUAAGAUAUCUGACUGGGUUGUGGAAAUGGGAUAUUUCCAUUCGAUGAUGAUUUACACUGGCUUGAUUUCUGCUUUUGCACUUCUCAUUCCUGUAGUAUACAUCUAUGGUCCUGCUUGGAGACGGAGAUGGCCGGCCGAUCACUUCGGGGACGAUAUGUAA